AUGAGUACGAUACAGAAUAUCAAAAAUUUCAUCCGACACGGGAAACAAGCCCGCCUCGUCACACCUCAUGCGGAACCCACCACCGAUGUGUCGGCCGUCCACGCUGAACAGCAACCCCAUGCCCAAGGCCAGUUUUCCCCCGCCCUCGGGGCUUUCGAAAACGCCGACUCGCGGAACCAAGCAGGCAAUGGCCAUGCUGCCGCUGCGUCGAAAUCAGAAGCCCAGGCCAAGCGUGAUCGGUCCGCAGAGAUCGAGCGUCUAGUGCAGGAGGAGAGACACAGCCGCUCCAAGAUGCCCCAAUAUCCCGGUCUUGAUCGCUGGAUCCUACUGGAGAAGAUGGGUGACGGUGCCUUCAGUAACGUCUACCGCGCCAGGGAUUCGACGGGAGAGCUGGGCGAAGUGGCCAUCAAAGUGGUGCGCAAAUUUGAAAUGAAUAGCAAUCAGCGAGCAAACAUUUUGAAAGAAGUCCAGAUCAUGCGCAACUUGGAUCACCCCAACAUCGUCAAGUUGGUCGACUUUUCCGAAUCCCGCCAAUACUAUUACAUUAUUCUGGAGCUCUGCCCCGGUGGAGAGCUCUUCCACCAGAUCGUGCGAUUGACAUACUUCAGCGAGGAUCUCAGUCGACAUGUCAUCACGCAAGUCGCCCAUGCCAUCGAAUACCUGCAUGAAACAUCGGGCGUGGUUCACCGCGAUAUCAAACCCGAGAACUUGCUCUUCUAUCCCGCGCCUUUUGUACCCAGCACACAUCCUAAGCCCAAGCAGCCGGGCGACGAGGAUAAAGAGGACGAGGGAGACUUUGUCCCCGGUGUCGGUGCCGGUGGCAUUGGUACCAUUAAAAUUGCCGAUUUUGGUCUGUCCAAGGUGAUCUGGGACAGCCAGACCAUGACCCCUUGCGGAACUGUCGGCUACACAGCGCCCGAGAUUGUCAAGGAUGAACGGUAUUCGAAGAGUGUGGAUAUGUGGGCCAUGGGCUGUGUGCUCUACACUCUUCUCUGCGGUUUCCCGCCCUUCUAUGACGAGAGUAUCCAGGUGUUGACAGAGAAGGUGGCACGCGGACAGUACACGUUCCUCUCGCCGUGGUGGGACGAUAUCUCCAAGUCGGCCCAAGAUCUGAUCUCGCACCUGUUGACCGUGGACCCGGAGAAACGAUACACCAUCAAGGAGUUCCUUGCCCACCCGUGGAUUCGCCAGACCAACGAGGAGACCACAGCAGCGGCUGACGCCCCCCCUCUGGCCACGCCUUUCGGCCAGGCCCGCCAGGAUGGCCCACAGCUCAACCCUGCUGGCGCCGACCAAGCGCCAUAUCAACCCGCCAGCUCCCGCUUCCUGGAUGCGCCCUCGGUGGCGGCCGAUCGUCGCAUGGACUUCCGUUCGCCUGGAGCAUUCAACUUGCGUGAAGUGUUUGACGUGGGAUAUGCCGUCCACCGACAGGAGGAAGAAGGCAAGCGCCGCCGAACUCGUCAAAAUGCGGCCCGGAGCGGCCAUCCGUUGGCCGGUUUCCAGUCUGCUCUGGGCUCUCUGAACGAGGACUACGACGACGAGCCGGAGUAUCGGGGCCGCAGUGAAGCUACCUCGGAGCUGCCUCCCAACAAGGUCGCCAAGGGCAAUGCCCACGCCGGUGAUAUGGCUGGUAUGGAGGCCAAGCUUCGUUCCACAAACCUCGGCACCCAGAGCAGUGCCGCUCAAGCCCGACAGGCACACCGCCAGCCCAAGCAGCAGGGCUACGGGCAACACGACGCCAAAGUUGCUGCGGCCGCGAAGAGCGCCAUCGGCAGGAGAACGCAUGAGCCAUUCGAGCUCAGCUUGGAAGGUGCCACCUUGCUUGAGAAACGUGGGCGUCGCAAUCAAGGGCAACCUGUUGCCUGA